AAUCUUAUUUAUCAGUUAAAUAUUUAUGAAUAGUUACUAAUCACAGUCUUUAUUUUUGAAUUGCAACAUUAAUUAUUUUGUUAAACUUGAACACACACAUAGUUCAUGCAGUUCUAUGUAGAUAUGAUAGAUAAAACUAAAAGUUGUCGAAUGGUGAAUGCAUGUAUAUAUCAAGAUGGCAAUUGGAAGUAUUAUUUGUGGAGCCAGUACUCCUAAAAUGAAGAGAAAAAAGGCAAAGGCAACUGAACGCAGUUGGAUAGAGGCAACUUUUCAAAAAAGAGAAUGUUCAAAAUUUAUUCCAAGUGCAGAUGAUGAACACAAGUUUAUGCAAGUAAAAGGAGAUAAGAAUGCUGAAUAUGAUGUGAUUACCACUUCCAGAUGUUGUUGUGGAUAUUCUUAUACUCAUCACUGCAGAGCUGGCAUAGAUGUUCAAAGUUACACUCUUAGCAAUACCAAAGAAAAAGAUCGGGAACAAUGGUCUCCCGCUAAAAAUACGCGUCCAUUUCCUACAGAUGCAUAUGGUACCAUUGAGUUUCAAGGUGGACCUCAUCCAACUAAAGCUCAAUAUGUGAGACUUGCUUAUGAUACAAGACCGGAACCAAUAGUACAUUUAUUGUGUCGAGAAUGGAAUUUGGGAUUACCUAAACUACUCAUAACUGUGCAUGGUGGUCGUUCUAAUUUCGAAUUGCAGCCUACUUUGAAAAAAGUUUUACGAAAAGGUUUAUUAAAAGCUGCAAAGACAACUGGAGCAUGGAUAUUUACAGGUGGAACCAAUACAGGUGUAACCAGACAAGUUGGAGAUGCUCUGCUAUUAGAAAGAUCUCAAAGGCAAGGUCGGGUUGUAAGCAUUGGCAUAGCGCCAUGGGGAAUUUUAGAUAAAAGUCACGAACUUGUAGGCCGUGGAGGCGAAGUAUCUUAUGAUUGCCUUUCAUCUCCAUGGUCUAAAUAUGCAGUUUUAAACAAUCGCCAUGCAUAUUUUUUGUUAGUUGAUAACGGUACCGGUGGUCGAUAUGGUGCAGAAAUUGUGUUACGUAGAAGAUUAGAAAAAUAUAUUUCAAAUUUAAAAUUACAACCAUAUACACAUAGCAGUAUUCCUGUUGUGGCAUUAGUCAUUGAAGGAGGUACAAAUACAAUUCGGUCGGUUUUAGAAUAUGUCACAGACGUUCCACCUGUUCCUGUAGUAGUCUGUGAUGGUUCAGGUCGUGCAGCUGAUCUCAUUGCUUUUAUGCAUAAAUACGCAUCUGAAGGAGAUGGAGAAAACGGGGAUAUUGAGGGACCAUUAGAAAGUAUGAGAGAACAUCUUUUAGAUACAAUAAAACGUACUUUCAAAGUAUCUGCCGAACAAGCAUCGCAAUUGUACUCUGAAUUAUUGCAAUGUACGCGUAAAAAGCACUUGAUAACAGUAUUUAGAAUAAGUCAAGAGCGACCACAAGAACUCGAUCAAACAAUUUUGACAGCUUUAUUUAAGUCUAAACAAUUAUCUCCAGCUGAACAACUAUCGUUAUCUUUAAUUUGGAAUAGAGUAGAUAUAGCACGUUGUGAAAUAUUUGUGUACGGACAAAAUUGGCCACCAGGUGCUUUAGAGCAGGCAAUGAUGCAAGCUCUGCAACAUGAUCGCAUUGAUUUUGUGAAACUUCUUUUAGAAAAUGGAGUCUCUAUGCGCAAAUUUUUAUCUAUACCUCGGCUCGAAGAAUUAUAUAAUACCAAAGAAGGUCCAUCAAAUACAUUGGGUUACAUUCUUCGCGACGUCCGACCAAAUAUUCCACGAGGUUAUAUGUAUACUUUGCAUGAUAUCGGUCUUGUAAUAAAUAAAUUAAUGGGUGGAGCAUAUCGAUCUCAAUACACACGCAGAAGAUUCCGUAUGAUCUAUACUAAAGUAAUGAAAAGAUCUGGAGCACAUCCUCAACAUUUACAUCGAAAUAGCUGUAUAUUGGGUAACACUACUCGUUACUAUUCAGGAUCUGGUAGUAAACAAGAUAGCUUAACGAUGAGUUUGCUUGCUGAAACUUUGCCGGCUAAUCGAGACACUCCGCUUUUUGAUUAUCCAUUCAAUGAAUUGCUUAUAUGGGCUGUAUUAACAAAACGUCAACAAAUGGCUCUCUUAAUGUGGCAACAUGGGGAAGAAGCUUUGGCAAAAGCAUUAGUUGCCCUUAAAUUGUAUAAAGCCAUGGCACAUGAGGCUGCUGAGGAUGAUCUUGAAACAGAAGUUUAUGACGAAUUACGAAGUUAUGGAAAAGAAUUUGAAAAUAUUGCUCUGGAAUUAUUAGAUUUUUGUUAUCGUCAGGAUGACGAUCAAACGAAACAAUUAUUAACAUCUGAACUCCAAAAUUGGUCUGGUCAAACGUGUCUUUCAUUGGCAGUCACGGCUAAUCAUCGACCUUUAUUAGCACAUCCUUGUAGCCAAAUCAUUUUAGCUGAUUUGUGGAUGGGUGGUCUUCGUACGAGAAAAAACACAAAUUUAAAAGUCGUACUUGGAUUGAUUUGUCCAUUUUAUAUAAUAUGUUUGGAAUUUAAAAGUCGCGAGGAAUUGCAAUUGAUGCCUCAAACUCAAGAAGAACAUCUAAUCGCUCUUGAAGAUGAGAAAGAAGAUAGUGAUUCCGAACAUGGUAUACCAACAGGUCCAGAUGUUGAGAAACGUCAGCGCAGGAGCCUGAGCGUACGCAACAAAUCCAGCAGCCAACAAGGCGCUAAGGCUUUAAUUAGCAACGAACAUACUACAACUAUUGUGAAGGAAACAAUUGUACAAGAAAAUGGUAAAGUACUAACAGAUAAUGAUGAUGGAAUUCAUCGUGCAUAUGGUAUUCAUUCUGAUUACUAUGAUAUCAAGAAUAGCAGGCCAUUAAGAUUGAGGAAAAAAUUGUAUGAAUUUUAUACAGCUCCAAUUACAAAAUUUUGGGCGAAUGCUAUAGCAUAUAUGAUAUUUCUAGUUCUCUUUUCAUACUCUAUUCUCAUACACAUGGAUGAUCAUCCAUCAUUAGCAGAAAUUUAUGCAAUUGCGUAUAUUUGCACAUUAGGAUGUGAAAAAGUACGCGAAAUCGCAACAUCUGAGCCAGCUACUCUUUCGCAUAAAUUUAGUGUAUGGGCAUGGAACAUGUGGAAUCCCUGUGAUGCAGCUGCUAUUAUAUUUUUUCAAAUUGGUCUGGCUUUGCGCUUAAGACAUUCUACUCUUGAUGUCGGUCGUGUUAUUUAUUGUGUCGACUGUAUUUAUUGGUACUUACGAAUAUUAAACAUCCUUGGUGUAAAUAAAUAUUUUGGUCCUUUGGUUACAAUGAUGGGAAAAAUGGUAAAAAAUAUGACAUAUUUUGUGGUGCUUUUAAUAGUGGUAUUAUUGAGUUUUGGAGUUACUAGACAGGCAAUUUUGAAUCCUAAUGCUGAACCCAAAUUUAGAAUUAUUCGUGAUAUAUUUAUGGAACCAUAUUUUAUGUUAUAUGGAGAAGUAUAUGCAGACAACAUAGAUCCUGAUUGCGGAGACGAGCCAGGAAUGAUUCCAUGCUUACCAGGCCGCUGGAUUACACCAGCUGUAAUGUCUAUUUAUCUUUUAAUUGCAAAUAUAUUAUUGAUAAAUCUUUUGAUUGCGGUAUUCAAUAAUAUUUUCAAUGAGGUAAACGCGGUGGCGCACCAAGUUUGGAUGUUCCAACGUUUUACUGUUGUUAUGGAAUAUGAACAAAAACCAGUUUUACCCCCUCCACUCAUUGUAGUUUGUCACAUAUAUCUGGUGGUGAAAUAUUUGCUGCGAUAUAUAACACAAGGAAAAGCAAGCAGUGGUGAAACAUAUGACAAUGGAUUGAAACUAUUCUUAGAAGCAGAUGACAUGGAACGCCUCUAUGACUUUGAGGAAGAUUGUGUUGAAGGAUAUUUUCGUGAGCAAGAAUUGAAAUUGCAGAUGUCUACAGAAGAACGUGUUAAAAUUACUACAGAAAGAGUAGAGAAUAUGCAUUCAAAGAUCGAAGAUAUUGACAAAAAAGAAAAUACUCAAAAUGCUUCACUUCAGGCUGUAGAGUUUCGUAUCCGCAAAUUAGAAGAAUUAAAUGAACAAACUUUGGCACACCUAGGAGUUAUCCACCGAUUCAUGGCUACUCAUAUGCCCAAUAUAGAGGGUUUAUCAAAUUUUGAUAUAGAAGGUCGUCAGCGUAGAGUAUCAGAACGCUCAGAAGUUCUCUCAGAAACAGAUUCUCAUACACAACUACCGACUAUCACAGCUAAACGCAAAAGAUUAGUUCGGUCGAUGACUGAUGCCACAUUUCUCAAUUUAGGCCCAUCAUUAGAUGAUGAUAUAAUGAAACAUUCAGAAACUAUUAUGUCUCGUGAAAACUUGAGUAGAAAUGAAUCUUCUAUAAGUGGAGAUGGGCAUAUUAUUCAAGAUGAUAUAAAAACAACUACGAGCCAGGAAACUGAAUUUAGCAAAAUUGAUGGUGAAAGAGAAACUAUAAAAAAGGAUUCACAAUCGGAUAGUAGAGAGACAAGCAGAGAACCAAGUGAAGAGCCAAGUAGUAAAGAACCAAGCACAGAUCCAAGUAGACAAACAAGUAGAGAUUUGAGUAGAGAAACUAGUAAAGAUGCUACAAGCAAAGAACCAAGCAGAGAAGCUAGCAGUGAAGCACCAGCUUCAGAACCUAUUAGACAAGAUUCUAUAGAACGACCUAUCAGACAGAACAGUAGAACGCGUUCAGAAUCAGAUGACAUAAUGAUAUUGCCUUCCAAUAUACCAAGAGGUGUGACGUGGGCGGAACCGCGUGUUGCAGUGAUUCCAUCAGUGUCUUCAACAAAUACGCAAAGAUCUAUUCUACUUGCUAUGCGUGCUGAAUAUACAAGUAUAACAGAUGAGUUGGAAAGUUAUUGUGGUCUUUUAAGUCCACCUCGAACACCGCCAAUUUCUCCACCACCUUCAAGAGUUAGAAACUUGUCCGAAAUGUCAAAUCCUGAAAUGGCUUGGCAAAUUGAGAAUGAACAUUUACGUGAUGCUGAGGAAUGCGAUUAUCAACAAAUGGAAGAUUUGAUACAAAGGAGAUAUAUUGCAGAUGAUGAACCUUUGCAUGUUUCGGAUGAAGCUAGCGGUGGUUCAUUCUUCAUAUCGAAUGAACAUAGACACCAACUUCGAAGAACUUCUGCCAUCGAUGAAGAGUCACGAAGACCUCCGCCUACUAUUAGUGUGACCAGGGAAAUUGAGCAAACGCUUUCAAGGCCACCAAUCCGAGAUUCGGAAAAUUCAGAUCCAAAUGACAAGAAUUUGAGCACGGUACCUGCUCCAGCAUCAGAAACUAUGUGUUAAAUAGUACAAUUGCCUGCAGGUAAUCUUAUCUUAAUAUAUCUUAUGAAUUGAUUUGAUUCAAUGAGAUUGUACAAGUUGAAGCUAUAAUGAAAUAUAUUUUUAAUUAUGUAUUCAUAUUUUCUUUAUUCAUUUUAUUGA